GUGGAUGAAUUUAGUUGUAAUACGAUUGCCGGGCGGUUUGGUUGACUUACAGAAUACGGGAACGCAAAGCGUCGCGCGUUCGUCCAUCCACCAAAAUACCAAAUAAAAUUUGUUGGUUUAUCAAAACAAUAUCAGCAGAUGAUGACGACGAUGAACACGUAGUGGGAAUAAAGAAUUAUUUUUCGGCCCGAUACGGAUUAUUGAAAUCAAGUGCAAGCAAAAAUUGUGAUUUUAUGUGGGAUUAAAAAUACUACCUGGAGAAAUGUAGUAAAAAAUUUACAAAAAUUUAACUGAAAUAAAAUUCCAAAAUAAAAUAUUGGAAUAUAACUAAAGUGAAACUAAAAUCUACAAAAAAUAUUGGAUACAGUGCAAAUCAUUUUAAAUUUGGAUUAAUGUGAAUGAAUACUCAAAGAAAUGUGAUUUGAAAAAUUAGAAAUGUAAAACAAAAAUAUUUAAAAAUGAAAUAAAUUUGAAAAGUCAAAGCACAACUCUUCCCUGUCUAAAAUUUUCAAAACAAUUUGAAAUUUAAUUCUAAUUAUAAAAGAAAGGCAAUCAUUUCUUUUGCCCCGUUUAUAUCCAUCAAAAUGUCUUUAAAUCUCUACAAAAGUCUAUAGAAAUUGACAUUUAAAUAUCAAGUGAAUGAUCGGUAGCGGCAAUCAGUGAGUGAGUGAGUGAAAUAUUGUCGAAAAUAAAGAAAAUUAGUGGGGAUUGUCGAAAAAGAAAACAAGAAAAAUAACAACAAUAAAAAUCUACAAGAUCUCUCUGCCUCUAGAGAAGUUGAAAACUAAAACAAAAAACCAUAAGACGCACGUCUGGCCCUAGCCAUACCAAAUUCAAAUAAAAAUGCAUUUGGUUGGUGGAUUUAAAUUUAGAAAUAAUCUUUAUGUCGCCGACAAUUCAAAAGACGACGAGAACGACGGCAUCAUGACAAUAACAAAUAGAACAAGAACAUAUGGAUUACAAAAACAACAACAACACCAACAUUUAAAGAAAACAAAUGCAGUAACAGCAUCUUUGUCUUCAAACUCCUCAGUAUCAGUUGCAGCAAAGAGGAUGGCGACACCAACAGCAUCAGCCAGAACAACAACAACGGCCAAUAAACAUUUGGGCUUAAUGUCAAUGCAUUUGGCCGUUGUAUUGUUGGUAUUUUUAUUAGCCGAUAGUGGAUUAAAUGGAUUACGCUUAGUUACAGCCCUUAAGGCUCAAAAUCCCCGCAUUAUUGAACAUCCCAAGGAUAUGGUGGUACCAAAAAAUGAUCCAUUUACAUUUAAUUGCAAAGCCGAGGGCACCCCAACACCAUCGAUACAAUGGUUCAAGGAUGGCAAUGAAUUGAAAACGGACUCCGGCUCUCAUCGCAUUGUUAUGCCAGCGGGGGAUUUGUUUUUUCUAAAGGUUAUACACUCGAGACGUGAAAGUGAUGCUGGGACAUAUUGGUGUCAGGCCAAAAAUGAAUUUGGUGUGGCGAGAUCACGUAAUGCUACGCUACAGGUUGCAUUCUUACGUGACGAAUUCCGCUUGGAACCUCAAAACACCCGUGUGGCUCAGGGUGAAGUUGCCCUCAUGGAAUGUGGCCCACCGCGUGGUUCGCCCGAACCCCAAGUAUCCUGGCGUAAAAAUGGACAAACUCUCAAUCUAAGUGGCAAUAAACGUAUACGCAUUGUUGAUGGUGGCAAUCUGGCCAUACAAGAUGUACGGCAGUCCGAUGAUGGUCGUUAUCAGUGUGUUGUGAAAAAUGUUGUGGGUACCAGGGAGUCAAGUACAGCUUUUCUUAAAGUACACACUCGACCAUUUUUAAUACGCGGCCCCCAAAACCAAACAGCUGUUGUGGGUACAUCGGUUAUAUUCCAGUGCCGCAUUGGUGGUGAUCCAUUGCCGGAUGUCCUGUGGCGUCGCACAGCCUCGGGUGGAAAUAUGCCUUUACGUCGUGUCACGGUCUUGGAAGAUCGAAGCUUGAAAUUGGACGACAUUACAUUGGAAGAUAUGGGUGAAUAUACCUGUGAGGCCGAUAAUGCUGUAGGUUCGAUAACAGCCACUGGUACCCUUAUUGUGCACGCUCCCCCUAAAUUCUCGAUUAGACCCAAAAAUCAAUUGGUCGAAGUCGGCGAUGAGGUUAUCUUCGAAUGUCAGGCCACGGGUUAUCCCAAACCCACUGUCUAUUGGUCCAUUGAAGGUAAUAGUUCUCUGCUAUUCCCCGGCUACAAGGAUACCCGUUUGGAAGUUACGGUGACACCCGAGGGUCGUUCGGUUUUGUCGAUCUUUCGUUUUGCCCGUGAGGAUAGUGGCAAAGUGGUCGUGUGCAAUGCUCUGAAUGCUGUGGGUAGUGUUAGCAGCCGUACCGUUGUCACUGUCGACACCCAAUUCGAUUUACCACCACCCGUCAUUGAACAGGGUCCUGUGAAUCAGACACUACCCGUCAAAUCAAUUGUUACCCUACCUUGUCGCACUUUGGGCUCACCCAUACCUCAAGUUCAAUGGUAUUUGAAUGGUAUACCCAUUGAUGUUAUGGAUCAUGAGAGACGCAAUAUGUCCGAUUCCGGUUCUCUAACCAUUGUUGACCUAAUGAAGAAUGAGGAUGAAGGCCUCUACACUUGUGUGGCCAGCAAUCGUAAUGGCAAAUCAUCGUGGAGUGGUUAUCUGCGUUUGGAUUCACCCACAAAUCCCAAUAUCAAAUUCUUUCGGGCACCUGAGCUGUCGGCUCAUCCUGGACCACCUGGCAAACCUCAAGUGGUAGACAAAACUGAAGACUCAAUUAGUUUGUCAUGGACACGUAGCAAUAAAGUGGGUGCCUCCAGCCUGGUCGGUUAUGUUGUGGAAAUGUUUGCCAAAAAUGAAACGGAUGGCUGGACACAAGUGGCCAGUCGUGUACAGAAUACAACCUAUACCCAAGUGGGUUUGCUGCCAGGCAUUAAUUAUUUCUUUUUGAUAAGAGCGGAAAAUUCGCAUGGCCUAUCAUUGCCCUCACCCAUGUCGGAGGCAAUUGUGGUGGGAACGAAAUACUUCAAUAGCGGUUUGGAUUUGAGUGAAGCUCGUGCCAGUCUCUUAUCCGGUGAUGUUAUAGAACUUAUCAAUGCCAGUGUUGUGGAUUCGACCAGCAUGAAAUUAUCUUGGCAGAUCAUCAAUGGCAAAUAUGUUGAAGGUUUCUAUAUUUACGCACGUCAACUUUUGGAUACUUCAGCCGGUUCCACAGCCAACACAAAUCCAUUAGUAGCUGCCGCACGUAGUAGCAGUAGCAGCAGUCGUUCCCAUUCAACAUCAGCCUCUUCAUCGGCAUUGAUUUCGGCAUCAAAACCAAAUAUUGCCAGACGUGACGGUACAGCUUAUGUGGUGGCCUCCACAACACCAUCGAGCGUCAUCCAAUCGGCUGCAGCCUAUGUUGGCAGUACAACAUAUCGCAUGUUGACCAUAUUGAAUGGUGGUGGCGCCUCCUCAUGUACCAUGACCGGUCUAUUGCAAUAUACGUUAUAUGAAUUUUUCAUUGUACCCUUUUAUAAGUCGGUCGAGGGUAAACCAUCGAAUUCACGUGUCGCCCGAACUUUGGAAGAUGUACCCAAUGAAGCACCAUUUGGCAUGGAAGCCAUAUUGUUGAAUUCAUCGGCUGUAUUCUUGAAAUGGAAACAACCAAAUCUUAAGGCUCAACAUGGCGUAUUGUUGUACUAUCACAUUGUUGUGCGUGGCAUUGAUACGGCCCAUAAUUUCUCACGUAUUCUAACAAAUGUCACAAUUGAUGCUGCCUCACCCACACUGGUGUUGGCCAAUUUAACCGAAGGUGUCAUGUAUACCGUAAGUGUGGCAGCUGGGAAUAAUGCUGGCAUUGGUCCCUAUUGUUCGCCGGCAACAUUGAGAUUGGAUCCCAUUACCAAGAGAUUAGAUCCUUUCAUAAAUCAACGAUAUCCCAUAAAUCAAGAUCAUGUCGAUGAUGUAUUAACUCAACCAUGGUUUAUUAUAUUAUUGGGUGCCAUAUUGGCCAUAAUGAUGUUAUCCUUUGGCGCCAUGGUCUUUGUCAAGCGUAAACACAUGAUGAUGAAACAAUCUGCCUUAAAUACCAUACGAGGUACCCAUGCCAAUGAUGUUUUAAAAAUGCCAAGUUUAUCACGUAAUGGCAAUGGUUAUUGGUUGGAUGCUUCCACGGGUGGUAUGGUGUGGCGCACCCAGCCAAGUGGUGAUACACUCGAUAUGCAAAAGGAUCAAAUUGAUGACUAUGCACCGGUAUGUCUGACCAACAAUGCAGCCAAUGGAGCAAAUAAUACCAAUGAACGUGGUGCCGGCAGUGGCAGUGGACAGCAACGAUAUGUAGGUGAGUAUUCCAAUAUACCCACUGAUUAUGCUGAGGUAACAAGUUUUGGCAAAACAGGCAGUGAAUACAGUGUGGGACGCAAAAAUGCUUCUUCACCAGCGCCAUAUGCCACAUCGUCCAUUGUACAGCAACAGCAACAACAGCAGCAGCAACCACGUUAUCAAACCCGACCAGGAGGCCCAGUUUUUAAUAUGCAACAGCAACAAAUGACCGGCUCCCAGCAAAGGCCCAUGCAUCCCCUCUAUCAACAACAGCAGCAGCAGCAACAACAACCCACCACCACCAACAAUAUCUACCAACAAAUGUCCACAACCAGUGAAAUAUAUCCCACACAAAUGGCCAGCAAUAGAUCAGCCUAUUCCGACCAAUACUAUUAUCCCAAAGAGAAAAUCCAUAUUACCGAAAACAAGCUAAGCAAUUGCCAUACCUAUGAUACGGCCAAUAAUCAACAGCACCAACAGCCACAACAAACCACAGUCGCCUUUUCCAAUAUGGGUACCCUAAGACGUAGCGCCAAUCAACAGCAUAGCCAAAGAUUCAAGGUCAUCAAUACCCAGCCACAAAACUAUCAACUGCAUUUAUCCGACACCACUCAACACCAAAAGCAGCAACAAAUAAAAAUGAAUUCCCUGAACAACAAUCAGAAUUGUAUUGUUGGUGGCAACCCUGACUACAAUACCCAGGAUAUGAUAACCAAAAAUCUUAUGGAUUUGGAUGCCGGCUCAUUCUGCUACAAUGGUAUGGCUGAUUCUGGUUGUGGUGGCUCACCCUCGCCCAUGGCCAUGCUAAUGUCACACGAUGAUGAAGCUGGUGAAGAGCAGGCAUUGUAUCACACAGCUGAUGGGGAUAAUGAAAGCGAUAUGGAACGUUUGUAUGUUAAGGUAGAUGAUCCACCACAACAACAGAAGCAACAGCAACAACAACAACAGCUAAUAUCUUUGACACCAAGUCAUCAUCCCGCCACACAACAGCAGCAGCACCAACAACACCUGCACUCGGCAAGUCAGGAACGAGACGCUGCCAAUCAUGGGCCAUACAACAAUUGGCGUUCCCAUAAUUCCUCAACACGUUCAAAUGGUUCCCAGUAUCAACGUGGUGCCCAAAUGACCGUUGGCGACUCCCAAAAUGCUGCCAGCCAACAAAUGCAUCAUUUGCAUCCUUUACAUCAGCAACAGCCAAGUAGUGAUUCCGAAAUGAUUUAUGCUCCCAGCAGUAGUAUGGCCAGCGAACGUAGUCUAUUAAGCAAUUCGGGUAGUUCCACAUGUGGUGGUGCAGCAUCGGGCAGCGGUAGUGGUCAGGCGCACAAUGUGUGACCUUUGGAAAGACAACAGCACAAAGAUCAAACGACAAACAAUAUUAGAACAACGACAUCAUCAUCAUCAUCUUUGGCCACUACAACUUUGCCACUAUUAGGUCCUUCAGCUGGGGCAACAGCAACAUCAAACAUUAACUCCAAACCAAUGACAUUGAAUGGCAGUGCUAGUGCUAGUGGUGGUGCGGGUGCAGCAUCUAGACAUCAAGAAGACUAUUAUGCUCGAGAAGUGAAAGAGUUAUUGGAAUGGUGUGAACGUUUCAACAAGGGUUCAUUGGAUAAUUUUGAAUGAAAACGAACAGAUGAUGAUGGUGACGCAGAAGACGUGACAGAUUAUGGAAGGACCUAAUCAUAAGAGCAUUUUAAUUUUUAAUUUUCUUAUUUUAAAGACUGAUUAUUAUUUUUUUUAUUUAAAAAAAUUGGAGUUACACUUUUUUUGGUUUUUUUUUUAAUAUUUUAAAAAUUUAUUUUUUUACCGGGUUUCUAAAGAUGUCUGGGCACACGUCAUAUUAACUUAGCCAAAACUUGCAAAUUCCCAAUUUCCUUUUAUAUUUUGGGUAAAAAAUUGAGUGAAUUUGGGUAGAUUUUGUGGGUGACAGGAAACCCUAAUGUUACCUGGCCACACAGUGAGUUCGGCCAACAAAACGUUAUUCAAACUCAUUUUUUUUAUUUUUGUAUUUUUUAUGAUAUUUCAUAGAUCAAUUAUUGUUGUUGAUACUUCAACAAAAUUGUUGGUUUAGACUUUGAAUCCCUGAAUAGAUGAGUGACCAGAUAUCUUUAAGAUCUUGGUAAUUUUUAGUAAUAUAUUGUAAAUUGCCAGAAAAUUGUUAAAAGAUUUUGUUUUAGCCUUUUAAGUUCAAAACUUGAAAUAAUGCAAAAAAUGGGCCGGUACAUAUCACAAGUAGUUUCAGAAUCGGAGCGUUACCACUUUUUAGACGAAGAACAUUUUUUGGGGAUUAUAAAACAAGAAAAGAAAUCCUCAUGCUUUGAGGACUCUGAGGACUUUUUCUAUAGACACCAAAUUCGUAAACCCUAAGGAAGAAUUAUUUUCCAUUGAAGAAAUCCUCAGGUGAUGCGGUUUCAUUUUUUUAUUUCUUCAAAAAUAACACUAUAACUUUUUCCUAAAAAAAAGUUGUCCCCAGAUCCUGACGAUAACUUUUCCUGUAAAGAUAAAUAUUCCGAACCUGAUGACAAUUUGUUCUUACGUGUGUGAGGUAAAUUUUUUCUGGAAAAAAUUUUCUGAGUCUACUAUGAAUUUUUUUAGGGACCAAAUUCCAAAAAUCUGGCGAUAAAUUUAAAAAAUUUCAAUUUUUUCUUCUCAGAAAAUAUCCUCCGAAUCUCAGGUCAAUUUUUUCUCUAAGAAAAUAUCUCCGAUGACUAUUUGUUCUUCUGUGGAUAGUAUCCUCCGGAUCUGAGGUACAUUUUUUUUAGGAAAAAAUUUUUAGAUUUCUUUAUGAAUUUUUUAGGGACCCAAUUCCCAUAUUCUACGGACCUGAGGAUUGUUUUGUGAAUUUUUCUAGAGACACAAUUCGCAGUCCCUGGGAAUAAAUAUUCUCUAAUGAUUUUUUAGAAAAAAUUCUUGGAUUCCUUCAUGAAUUUUUCUAGGGAACAAAUUUUCAAAAUCCUGAGGAUAAAUUUAUAAUUUUUCAAAUUCUGGUUACAUUUUUUUAUUGGAUAAAAUAACCCUAUGAAUAUUUUUGCCAUAGAAAAAAUACCCAGAACCGGUCUAUAUUAUUACCGUAGAAACUGUUAAUAUUUUUUUUUUUUUGUAUAGAAUUAUAAUCUAUAGAACCUGAGACAAAAAUUAUUUUUAUAUUAAAAAUUUUCAAGUAAAAUUUGUUCUUCUUUCCAAAAAGUUUUCGGCCCUGAGACAUAUUAUGAAAUGUUAUCCGGAAAUGAAAAUAAAUAUUUUUCUUUUUGAAUUUUCCUAACAAUCAACAUUGAAAUAUUGAAAUAAAAAAUCUUAGGGGGCUAUUGGAAAUCUUCAUACAAUUUGUGGCAAUUUAUUUUUUUUCUUCCAAAUAAGGCAUAUUCCUUCAAUACCUUAAAACCAAACUCAAAAUACUUCCAUGGAAGACUAAAUGCAUAUAUUUUUAUAAAAAAAAUGAAAAAAUAUUUUUUUUUAAUUAUAUUCCCUUAAAACCAAGCAAAAAAUUAACAAAAAACAAAGCUCCAACUGCCAAAUUAUCAAUAACACACAUAUAAAAAAUACCACCGAUGCUUUUUUUCUAUUCUUUGAAACAAACAACUCGCCUUAUAUUUAAUGUGUUCUCUUUUUUCUAAUAUUUUUAUUUAAUUUUUUUUCACAAAUAUUUUUUAGAACAAUUUUCUACAAUAGUAAAGUUGCCAUGUUUUUGUUUUUUGUAAUUUAACUAAAACAAAAUAUUUAUAGAUACAACUAAUUGUUCCUGAAACAGAAGCACACACUCUCUUGUUCUUAAUAUAAGUAAUGCAAAAAAAAAAUAAUAAUACAACAAUAAAAUAAACUUAAAACACAACCUCUCAAAAAAAUAGUUACAAAUUAAAGAAAUACGAAUAUCUUAAAUUAAAAAAAAUAAAUAAUGAAACACAAAUAUAUAUCUAAGUAAUGUGAUGUCUUAAUAGGUUUAUUUUUAUCAUUAAACAAACAAUAAAAUAUAAAACUAACAAACCUUGUAAAUAGUAGUUUAGAAAAGAAAAAUAAAAUAUCUUAAAAAUAAUUAAAUUAUAUAUGACAUAUGACAAAAAAAUGCAACAAUAAACAUAAAAAAUAAUCAAUAACAAAAUAGAAAAAAAAAUAAAAUAUACUUAACUCCCUCUCUCUCAAAAAAAAAACCACACCUUAUUUUUUCAGUUCUUUAUUUUACAAUAAUUUGUAUUGUAGCAUUUCCUGUAAACUAAUUAUUAAUUUUUAUUUUUUAUUGCUCCAAAACCUUUUGUAAAAUAUUUUAUACAUACAUAAAAUUAAUAACAAAUUCUCCCCAAAAUUAUCAUAUAUCAUAAAAAACUAGAAUCUAAAAUACCAACGUAUAGUUUGAAAUUAAAAAAAAAAACAACCUAUAUUUAAGUUUUUUUUUUUAUUAUUAUUACUACUUAUAAUUUAAUAAACCAACAAACAAAAACCAUGAAUUUGAUAAACAAACAUAACGUAAUUUAUAGAAUUGUUGUUUAUUUAAGCUGUAAUUAUUAAUGCUAUUUGUUUGCGUUUAGCAAAUAAAUUGCUUAAAUUGCAGGCAUUUAGCAAAUGCAGCUGACUUUUUUUAAGUGAUUAUCGAUUAACGAUAAGAAGCAUUAGUGAAAAAGAAACAUAAACAGAACAACAACAACAACAGUAUAUGAGAACAAAAAAUAAAUGCCAUAUUUAUGAAAAAUUAAAA